GUUUUUUUUUCCUUCGUCCUCCUCCUCCUUCCCACAUCGUACCCCCCACCUCUAAGGAGAACCCCGUCUUUAUGUUAUGCUGCCCGGAGACCUUUUGGGGUCUUCCCGUCCCUUUGUUUCUCCUACUUUUUUUUUAAAUGUAUAACUUGAUGGGUCUCAACGGCACCGCCGGAGUCAUCCAGCCGAAUGUCUCCUGUACAUGCAACUGCAAACGGUCUUUGUUUCAGAGUAUGGAGAUCACCGAGUUGGAGUUUGUACAGAUAAUCAUAAUCGUGGUGGUGAUGAUGGUGAUGGUGGUGGUACUGAACCACUACAAGCUCUCUGCGCGGUCCUUCAUCAAUCGGCACAGCCAAGGGCGGAGGAGAGAGGAGAACCUAUCAUCAGAAGGAAGCUUGUGGCCUUCAGAAAGCACAGUGUCCGGAAAUGGUGUAACGGAGCAGCAGGUCUACACACCGAGACCGACGGACAGGCUAGCAGUUCCAUCCUUCUUGCAGAGGGACCGUUUCAACCGAUUCCAGCCGACCUACCCUUAUAUGCAGCACGAAAUUGACCUGCCACCCACCAUCUCUCUAUCAGAUGGGGAAGAGCCCCCUCCUUACCAGGGGCCCUGCACACUGCAGCUCCGGGAUCCAGAGCAGCAGAUGGAACUCAACAGGGAGUCGGUCCGAGCGCCUCCCAACCGAACCAUCUUCGACAGUGACCUGAUAGAUAACUCAGUGUACGGCGGGCCUUGCCCUCCCAGCAGCAAUUCGGGCAUCAGCGCAACCUGUUACGGGAGCAACGGCAGGAUGGAAGGCCCGCCCCCCACAUACAGUGAGGUCAUAGGUCAUUUCCCCGGCUCGACGUUUUACCAGCACCAGCAGAAUAACAGUGGGAUGCCUUCAAUACUGGAGGGCGGCCGGCUCCACCCUUCGUCUCAAAUCAGUAGCCUCGAGAGCACAACGGGAUGGAACAAAGAUAAAGAGAAACAAAAAGGCCACCCCUUUUAAAUAGAAACAAAAAACACUCUGCACUUCUUGUUGACUGGAGGGGGGAACGAUAUCGAGAGAAGGGGAAAUGGGUGCACAGAACAAAAAAACGCCCUUCUCCGCUCUUGUGUAGUAUAAAUAUUUACAUGUUAUGUUUGGUCUGAAUGCACAAACGCCAACAAAGCUUGCAAAAAAAAAACACGUUUCUUUGUUGAGCUCUGUCUAGAAUUUUUUUAAUUUUUUUAAAUGAAAUCUACAGCGGUCCUCUUAUAUUUUUUUCCCUUCCUUGCCCCCUUCAUUUUGUUUCUAGUUGA